AUGGGUGUUCAUGGGCUAUGGGAAAUUGUUGGUCCCACAGCAAGACCUGUCCGUGUGGAAUCUUUGAGAAACAAAAGGCUAGCAGUUGAUGCAUCCAUUUGGAUUUAUCAGUUUAUGAAGGCGGUUAGGGAUGCUGAGGGCAACCAAAUGAAGAACUCACACAUAGUUGGGUUUUUCAGGAGGAUUUGCAAGCUGAUAUAUUUAGGCAUCAAGCCGGUGUUUGUAUUUGAUGGUGGUGUGCCUGCUUUAAAGAGAGAUACCAUUCGUAAAAGAAAGGAAAAACGUGAGGGCAAUAAGGAGACUAUUCAGCAGACAGCACAAAAAUUGCUUGCCAAACAACUACAAAACUAUGCAGAUGGCAAACAGGAGAGACCAAAAGUAGGAGGUGUAGCAAAGGUCUCACAGAAUUUCAAUGCAACGCGUCAAGAGUUGAAACCAGAUGGUUUGUAUUACGAUCUAUAUUAUGACGAUGUAGUGGAUGAGGGUGAUGGAGAAGAGCAACUAGAAAAAACAGUCAGUAAACCAACCAAGGAAAGAGAAAGAGAGAAUACACGAUUUAAACAACAAGAUGAAUAUCAUCUACCCAAGAGGACGAUAACUGUUGAUGAAGACGAUAACAGAUUGAUGACGGAGAACGAGUACACACGUUUAACUAGAGAGAUUGACUGUGGAUUGAGCGAUAUCGAUUUGGACAAUAUUAACCCCCAAUCCAAAGAAUUUUCAAAUUUACCCUUGUCGACACAGUAUAUUGUUCUAUCUCAUUUGCGUCUAAGGUCCCGUUUGAGAAUGGGUUAUACUAAGGAGCAGUUGCAAACUUUAUUUCCCGAUCCAAUGGAAUUUAGUAAGUUUCAGAUCCAGAUGGUGCAGAAGAGAAACUAUUUUACCCAAAAGAUAAUGAACGUUACUGGAAUGGAUGGUGAUGAUAGUGGUGAUGUUGUAUCUCGUAGUAUUGCAAGUGACAGAAACCGUGCAUAUAAUCUACAAAAAGUUGGGAAUGGUUACGCCUUAACAAUAUCAAAUGACAAUAAAGAAGGUAAAAGUUAUGAAAAACCUGUUUUUUUAGAUGCUGAUGUGAAACCUAAAAUUGAACAUAUAGAUUUGGAAGAUGAGAAAUCGGAUGCAUCCCUAAGUGAAAUUGAUUGGAACGAUGAGACUGUUCAAGAAAGUGGGGAUCAAAGUAGUAGCAACGGAAAGACAAAGGUUGGAAUCCCAAACGCGUUAUUUGUGCAAGAUAGUGAUGAUGAGGAGACGAACUACAAAGUUGAAGAGCUGAGUGACCCCCAAAGUGAUGAUGAAUCGUUUGAAAUGGAAGAUGUCACUGAUGCACCGCUUUCAGUUGUGAAUAAUACUAAGGAAGAUUUCAAAAAAGAUUAUGAAGAGGAUGGGGAAGAAGAAGAAGAAGAAGACGAUGACGAUGAUAUAAUGAAAGAGAUCAAAAGUUUGUAUGACUACUCAAACAGAAAUAACAAAAAUAAAUCCAAAGCAGGUAUGGUGCACAGCGUCUCUCCUGACGAGGAUAUUGAUAAUUACGAAGAAAUACAAACAAAACAUAUUGAAGAAGACGAAUUGAAGCAAGCCAUUGAAAAAUCUAAGGAGGAAUACAUGAACAUGUUAACUGAUGAAAAAGAAGGAAAAUUAUCGAAAAGUUCUAUUGAAACUGACGCUCCCUUCAUUUUGAGUAGUUCCACCUUGGCUAAAACGUUCAAGCUACCCAACUUCUCAAUGAAGAACAACCUAUUAUUUGGUGGGAAGUCCAGAAAAGCGGAAGUCGCUGAUGUAAAGACGCAAAAUGAGACAUCAAAAAAUAGUGUCAAAGAUAAUUCAAAGCCAUUACCGUUACCGUUACCCAAAUGGUUUUCAAGUAAUUCACAUGGAAAUACGUCGGCCACUAUGGGAAAUAAGGACGAAAUAAAGAGAACAUCCAACAACAGAUUAACGGAAGAUGAAAAGGCCGGUAUUGUUUCUUAUGGGGAAAUUGGGAGUUAUUUCUCAAGUGACGACGACGAAAAUGUUGAAUAUAUUGAUACAAAGACUUUAAAUGAAGUAAAUGAAGUACCCGGCAGCGUGUUGGAAAACUCAUUCACAGCUGUACCUGAAAAACCUGUUACAGCUGCCAGUAUAAACGAGAAGUCGUCUGAUGAUUCGAUUCUAUUGAACGAAGACAACCAAGAAAACCGUAGCGGCCAAAAUAAGAAAGGAGAUAUAAAGCCACCAGCUAUCAACCAGAACAAAAAAGCAGAUGCUGCCAUAAGUAAACGAGCACCAGAUAUUCGAGAAACCGUCCCUGGAAAUAAUGUUCAGGAUAUAAGGGACAUUCUCGGUGGGAAUAAUCGAAUACCAGAAAUCGAUGAGGAUUUUGAGUUUUCUGACGAUGAAGAAACAGAACUUUUAUUGGGUAUGCAGGAAGAGAAUCGAUCUUAUAAGAAAUUUGCCCAUGAUAUUAAGAGCGAUUACUCUCGGGAACAUAACGAAACUACUUGGACAUAUAAUGAUGAAGCAAUAUUACAAGAGCAAUUGAGGAGACAAAAGAGGGAUUCAGACGAAGUCUCUACACAAAUGAUCUAUGAUGUGCAAGAUUUAUUAUCACGUUUUGGUAUUCCAUUUAUAACGGCACCAAUGGAAGCUGAAGCGCAAUGCGCAGAACUUAAAUUGAUUGGACUAGUUGAUGGCAUUAUAACUGAUGAUUCUGAUUGCUUUCUAUUCGGUGGUGAUAAAGUUUACAAGAAUUUGUUCAAUGAUAAGCAUUUUGUUGAAUGUUAUCAAAUUUCAGACUUGAAAGAAGAAUUGGGCUUAACACGAGACUCACUGAUUGACAUUGCUAUACUGCUGGGAAGUGAUUACACAGAGGGCAUUAAAGGUAUUGGUAAAGUUAUGGCAAUGGAAAUCUUGGGUGAAUUCAAAACACUAGAACAUUUCCGUGAUUGGUGGCAAGAUUACCAGAACGGUAAAAUUGACGAGAAUAGUGAUACUCCGAUAAGAAGGAAGCUAAGAAAAUCAUUAAGAAAAUUUCUAUUCUUAGAAUCAGAUUUUCCCAACAAGUUAAUCUAUGAGGCGUACAAACACCCAGAAGUUGAUCAUGACAAGACAUCCUUUAAAUGGGGAUCUCCCGAUCUUGAUAAAUUACGCACAUACUUUAAGUACUAUGUUGGAUGGGAUAAAGAAAAAGUUGAUGAGAUUAUCGUACCUGUUAUUAAAAACAUGAAUAAGCCACAAAUGACUAUUGAAGAAUUUUUCCCUGUUGAUACAAUUAGAGCAAAACGUAAAUUAGAAAUGAGCAAACGUAUUCAGGUCGCCUCAGAUAAAUUGAAAAAAUAUGUCAACUCAAGAAGUGUGCAGAAUGAAAGCGCCAACAAGCGCCAAAAAGUUUGA